GGAGAAGGAGGGGGAAGGGAGUCACGAACACAUGUGUUUGUGAAGCGCUUUGCCAGCGGAUGUUGCCUUCGGCUUUGGGGAGAAUUUGUUGCAAUUACCUCUUCAAAUCGCAACAAUAUAGCGGCUUCUCCUCGGCGCCGGGCGAGAUUAAAAGACAAAUGAAGUACAUUUUGGUGACUGGUGGUGUGAUCUCGGGGAUCGGGAAAGGCAUUAUUGCCAGCAGCAUUGGAACCAUCCUGAAGUCCUGUGGGCUGCAUGUCACCUCAAUCAAGAUCGACCCAUACAUUAAUAUUGACGCUGGAACGUUCUCACCAUAUGAGCACGGUGAGGUGUUUGUGUUGGAUGAUGGCGGUGAGGUAGACUUGGAUCUGGGAAACUAUGAACGAUUUCUAGACAUCCGUUUAACAAGGGACAACAACAUCACAACGGGGAAGAUCUACCAGUCGGUGAUUAAUAAAGAAAGAAAAGGAGACUAUCUGGGCAAAACCGUACAAGUGGUUCCACACAUCACGGAUGCCAUUCAGGAAUGGGUAGUGCGGCAGGCACGCAUUCCAGUUGAUAGUGAUGGGGUAGAGCCUGAAGUGUGUGUUAUCGAGCUGGGUGGUACUGUGGGAGACAUUGAAAGCAUGCCUUUCAUUGAAGCAUUCCGGCAAUUCCAGUUUAAAGCCAAAAGAGAGAAUUUCUGCAAUAUUCAUGUCAGUUUAGUUCCUCAGCCAAGUACAACAGGAGAGCAAAAAACAAAGCCAACACAAAACAGUGUUCGGGAGCUUCGCGGACUAGGACUGUCACCAGAUUUAAUUGUCUGCCGGUGUACAACUCCCAUGGAGAAGUCUGUAAAAGAAAAAAUCUCUAUGUUCUGCCAUGUAGAACCUGAACAGGUCAUUUGUGUGUAUGAUGUUUGUUCCCUCUACCGAGUCCCCUUGUUACUUGAAGCGGAAGGUGUGGUGGGGUAUUUUAAGGAUCGGCUCAACCUCCAAUUUGAAGCUAAGCCUAGAAGACUACUAAACAAGUGGAAAGAGAUGGCGGAUAGGUAUGAUCGCACAUUAGAAAAUUGCUCCAUUGCAUUGGUUGGUAAAUACACCAAACUCUCUGACUCCUAUGCCUCUGUCAUCAAGGCUUUGGAACACGCCGCUCUGGCUAUUAACCAGAAACUAGAAGUCAAGUACAUCGACUCUGCAGAUUUGGAGCCUUCUAGACAACAGGAGGAUCCAGUCAAGUACCAUGAAGCCUGGCAGAACCUAUGUAGUGCCAAUGGAGUUUUGGUUCCUGGUGGUUUCGGUUUUCGAGGUACAGAAGGAAAGAUUCUCGCUAUUGCUUGGGCCAGAAGACAGAAGAAACCUUUUUUGGGUGUGUGCCUUGGAAUGCAGCUAGCAGUUGUCGAGUUUGCACGGAAUGCACUUAACUGGCCAGAUGCCAAUUCAACUGAAUUUAACCCUAAUACAAAUCAUCCCGUGGUGAUUGACAUGCCAGAACACAAUCCCGGGGAAAUGGGAGGAACCAUGAGACUCGGCAAGAGAAAAACAAUUCUGAAGGAAAAGAAUUCAGUAUUAAGGAAGUUGUAUAAGGAUUCUGACUAUAUUGAAGAACGACACAGACAUCGAUAUGAGGUAAAUCCAGAAAUGAGAAAUAACUUUGAAGAAAAGGGAUUUCGAUUUGUUGGUCAGGAUGUAGAGGGAGAGCGAAUGGAAAUAAUUGAACUCGAUGAUCAUCCCUAUUUUGUUGGGGUCCAAUAUCACCCAGAGUUUACCUCCAGACCCAUGAAACCAUCACCACCGUACUUUGGCCUGAUGUUGGCUGCUUCAGGGAAACUUCAACGUUACUUGGAAAAGGGUUGCAGACUAUCACCUAGCGAGUUAAUGUCCUGUGAUUCUGCUCUCUCCAGAGACACAUACAGCGAUCAAAGUGGAAGUAGUUCACCAGAUUCUGAGAUUGUCGAUUUAAAGCUGCCAGCUAUUCUACCACAAGAAUAAUAUUUGGUGCCGCUUAUUUCUACAGAUCUGAACCAUUGGCGUUUGAGCUGCAACAACCAAUUAAUUUUACAGUAUUACAUAUUUGCGCUGAUACUUUGGUCUGUUAGUCUUGUCCACUCAGCACGCUGUCAGAGAAAACCAUCAUUUGUUCAAUUUUGUGUUGCUGUGUAACGUCAAACCGUGAAAAUUCUACCCAUCUGUUAUAUAAAAGGAAUUGCUAUGUGUUCACAUCUCCUGACAGCCUGCCUAGAUUUUAGUGUUAAGUUUUUGAAUCUUGGAUCUUUCUACAGCUUCACAAGAUCAAAGUAACAUAUUGUGUUGGAAUUAGUAAGCAGGAUCAUGUGGCAUUCAUUUGGGGCAUUGCUAUGUAAUGCCAGUUGUUCAUUUUGGAAAGUUCCCACCCUCCAACUCCAUUUUAAGUUUGUAAGUUUCAAGUUGUAUUCUGCUUUCAACACUACCUCUGCAAAACGUGAUCUAAACUUUAUUUUUAUUUAGACUCCUGUGCCUAGUUUAAGCUCCUCCUGAUGUAUUUUCUUUAUACCUCAAUAUGUUACAGCUGUAUAUGUAGGGGUUGGAAGGAUUGCAUUAUUCUGUUUAGCUUCUACUGUUAAACUCGGUGUGAAACUGGGACUGUGAAAGUUCAUUUGAUGUUGAUGGAAGAUUUAACUUUUUAUUUUUACACAAGGGUGGAAAUACUUGAUUUUAUCAUUUAGAAUGCAAUCACACUACUGCCAUACAAAUAUCAGGCUGUAAUUGAGGUUGUAGUGCAGUCUGUUUCAUGUUUCCAUUCAUUCCAGUCAAGUGAGCUACAGCUGAUUUUAUGGAUCUGAGCAGACAUGGAACAUUAUAAAAUAAGCAGUAUAAUUACUCAGGACUUCAGCCUUGUUCCAGUAAUUAAAUCUGAUAAAUACUCAGAGCAGAACCAGUAUUACACAAGUGGUCUCAAAAGUUCCCAAUCCCAAAAGGUGGUUGAAAUCCCUGAGGACUAUCCCAGAUAUUUUCCAGCACCUCUUCACCGAGCGGAAUGCAAACGAGGGCUGCUUGCUUUAAUCGGCCAAGUUUCCUUAACACCACACCCGGCCGGCUUGGUAACCCACCAGGAAGUGUUCCCACGUGGAAGCAACAGUGAUGCCUGUUUCGUCACCUCGUCUCUGCUUGUGUUCUCUCUUUGAAUUCAAGGCUGGAAAUGGAUGGGAACACAUCAAAAUGGAUAACUGUAUCAGAAUCGUGUACAAAACCCUUCAAAGUCCAAGUCAAGGUGAAAACUUCAUUAAAUGUUAUUUGUAGUUGGGAGUGAGAACUUUUGAAACACCCUCCCCGCUCCCACAGGCCUUCAAUAAAUUUAGAAUUAGACACA